AUGAUAAAAACAAAGCAAGAAAAAAUGUCAGUUGUUGAUAUAAAAAUUGGAAAUAAAUAUAGAAUUGGAAGAAAAAUUGGGUCAGGAUCUUUUGGGCAAAUUUACUUGGGACUGAAUGUCGUUAACGGAGAGCAAGUUGCAGUAAAGCUUGAGCCUUUAAAGUCCCGGCAUCAUCAAUUGGAAUAUGAAUUUCGAGUAUAUAACAUCCUUAAAGGCAAUAUUGGAAUCCCAAUUAUUCGCUGGUUCGGAAUAGUAAACAAUUAUAACGCCAUGGUUAUGGACUUGCUGGGUCCUUCCCUAGAAGACUUGUUUUGCUACUGUGGAAGAAAGUUUUCCUUAAAAACCGUUGUUCUCUUAGCAGACCAAUUAAUCAGUCGCAUUGAAUAUGUGCAUCAAAAAUCCUUCUUGCAUAGGGACAUUAAACCAGAUAAUUUUCUCUUGAAAAAACACAGCAAUGUUAUAACAAUGAUUGACUUUGGACUUGCCAAGAAAUACAGAGAUUUUAAAACUUACGUUCAUAUACCUUAUCGAGAUAAUAAAAACCUUACUGGUACAGCAAGAUAUGCAAGUAUUAAUACACAUAUCGGGAUUGAACAAUCGAGGCGCGACGAUUUAGAAUCUUUGGGAUAUGUGCUGUUAUAUUUCUGCCGAGGAAGCUUACCCUGGCAAGGCUUACAAGCUGAUACAAAAGAACAAAAAUAUCAAAGAAUUCGCGACACAAAAAUCAAUACCCCCUUAGAAGUACUGUGUAAAGGCCUUCCCGAGGAGUUUAUUUCUUAUAUGUACUACACAAGACAGCUAUCUUUUACCGAGCAACCCGACUAUAAUUAUUUAAGAAGGUUAUUUCGAAACUUACUUAUACGGAAAGGUAUUCAGUAUGACUAUGUUUUUGACUGGAUGAUUCUUAAAUACCAAAAGCGAGCCGCCGCCGCAGCUGCAACAUCUGCUAAUGCUAAUAAUGCAAAUUUGACUCCUAACCCAUAUGGAAACCUUAAUACCCUGCCAUCUCCAGCAGUAUCUCCUCCCCCUGCUGGCAUCCCACCUCAAAUAACACCUAGCCUAAAGAAUUCACCUGGUCGUAUAGCUACUGACCGGUUGCCGAAAACACCCCAGUCUUAUUCUACCAAUGUCGUCCAAUGUAAUUCCCCCACUCCCCUUCCUGGUCAACUUCGCCCAACUUCUCAAAAUAAUGAUUUCAAUAUCGUCCAUCCCUCCUUCCAGGCUUCUUACGCUUCUCAUAUUAAGAAACCCCAUGAAUGA